CUAACCAAACUUUCUGUCCACUGUCACUAAAUCUUAUUUCAAAUACUAACUUUUAUAAACAUUUAAGAAAUUACACUAAAACUAAAGUUAAAAUCAUGAGAGAAACUCCACUAUCCACGUCUGAGAAGACAUUCGUUUUACAAACCAUCAAAAAUAAUCAACGCCUCGAUGGUCGAAAAAACGAAGAAUUCCGUGCGGCUAAGAUAAACUUUGGAACCGAUUGGGGUAGUGUUCAUGUUUCAUUGGGUGAAACUCGUGUCCUUGCCCAGGUCAGUUGUGAAUUGGGGCAACCGAAGGCCACUCGUCCCAAUGAAGGAAUCAUGUACAUCAACGUCGAACUAGGUCCCAUGGCCGGAGUUUGCUAUGAAGCUGGGCGCAAUUCAGAUUUGGGAGUGCAAAUCAAUCGAACUCUCGAAAAGACAUUCAAAGAGUCACGUUGUGUAGAUUUGGAGUCACUUUGUGUAACCGCAGAGGAUCGUGUUUGGAUUCUGAGACUAGACUUGAAUAUUCUCAAUCACGCUGGGAAUCUUGUUGAUUGUUGUUCCAUUGCUAGUCUUUGUGCCUUGGCUCACUUCAAGCGUCCUGAUGUCUCUGUGAUGGAAGAAGAAGUCAAAAUCCACACAGCCGCCGAAAAAGAACUCAUUCCAACGGUUCUGCAUCACUAUCCUGUUUGUGUGUCGUAUUGUACCUUCAACAAUGGAGAAACACCUGUAGCAGAUCCAACAGCAAUCGAAGAACGAACCGCGGAAUCAAGUAUGAUUUUCGGAAUCAACUCCUAUCGGGAGCUAUGUUGCCUGAAUCUUGGCGGAACCACACUUACCAGUUCUUAUCUGCUCCAUCAGUGCUCUCAACGGGCAGCUAACCGGGCAAAACAGAUUGUAGACCAAGUCAAAAAAGCCCUAGAGGAAGAUUCCAAGUGUCGAGAAGAAAACAAACCGGUUGGAUUCACUGAAUGUCUCAAAUUGAAUAAGAUUACAGCAUUGGCCGAGGACCGGCUAGCUCUGAAACUUAGACAUUUCAGCUUCCAGAACAUUCACAAUGAUCAUUUAAUAAAAGACGAGCAUAUGAGCGACGAUGAAGGCGACAACAACAAUGUAAUAUCUAUGGGUGAAAAUACUGGUAUCCUUAAUUCUAAUCAAGAAUCCAUCAAUUGGGUACCAGAGGGUGCCAAUGAUGACGAUGAUGAUACAGACAAUGAGUUUGGAUCCAACGACGAGAAUGAGGAUGACGACGACAUGGACAAUGCUAACUUAGAACAUCAAGUUGAAAAUGCUUUGCAUAAAUCAAAUCAAAGACUGAAUCAGCCAAUAAGCAAGAAGAAGAAUAUUCCGUUGUUGAGUCAGAAAAAUUGGCAACAACCAAUUGAUGAUAGCGAAAGUGAAGAGGAAGAAACUAUUGUUUUGUAGUGAAAUGGUCAAUAAAUAUUUUUGUUAACAAGAAAA